AUGAUCGCAAACUGUUUAGAAUUUUCUUCCGGGGUUGCGGUUGUGGGCGGUGUUGCUAACGACGAUGCAGCCGCCAAAUUUAAAAACUUGUACUGGAUGUUUGUAGCUCAACAGCGUCAUUAUUCACAGCGAAAUAAAGAAAAAGACUCGCGAAACAUGGAGGCAGCGUCCACGAAAGCAGGUGUUUUGAGUCAUUUGAGUUUGCUGGAGGUUCAGGCAAGGAGCCGCAGGACUCAGCCUCAGCAACAGAGCCGGGUGAAGGAGCUAAAGGCUAAAGUUGAAGCGCUGAAGGUGCAAAAGCAGCAGCUGGAGGCAGAAAUAGAAACACACCAGAAUCUCCAGAAACUGAGGUUGUCUCUGGACAAACAGUGUGCAGAUGAAGAAGAUGUGGAAAUGGAAGAAGACUCUGAAAACUCACAGCUUUUACGACUGAUGGCCAGACAUACACAACUGAAAGAUCUGCUGCACGCUCAUCACCUCAUUGGUGGGUAUGACAUCAUUAAAACUCAUCAAGGUAAAGGAGUUUGUGUAUCUCUGGCGACGGCAUACGAGGGCGUCUACUUGGACACCUACAACCUGGAGAUUGACCUGAAGCCGACAGUGAAGAUCGGCCGCCACAACAUCCCCCCCUUCAUCCCCGUAAACAGCCUCGCCGAGGUGAACGACAUGCAGACAAACAUGAGGGCUUUUCUGGAUGCCCUCAGUCAGCAUCUCAACGCCUUUGCUGGACGCAAGCAGCAGCUGAAGCUUCUUAGGGAGCAACAUAAGUCCGUCGAAGUGAUGGAGAGUAAUGUUCUGUGUUCGAUACUGGUGCUGAUGUUCAAGGUGCCGAGUGCGAAGACGGCCGUUCUCUGCACGUUGGACUACACAGACCACAGCAGCUGUCUUCCAACGCGAGUCCACUUUGAAUGUGAAGACAAGCAGCUUCCCGACUCUGAUCAGUGGAAGAAAAACUGCAGCUUACUUAUGGAGACUCCAGUGCAUACAGCUUUGACAGCCAUGAAGAAAAUGGGGGAUAUUGUGUAAUUUAUUCAGCUUUGUUUUAACAUUUUGAUAAAAUAAUAAUGUACAUACUCGUAGUUUAUGAUGAAACACUAUCGGUUUUCUUGUGUUGAGGUAUUUAGGUAUAAAUAGAGCUUUCAAGAUCGUCUAUGGAGGCUCCACUGGUAUUUCCACGUUGCCUUUGUCCUUGAGUUUCUCUAUAAAUGCCGUCACCCUCUUGUGUAAAGUUUCCCUCUGAAGCUGCCUCAGACUCUCCAUUUCCUCUCUGGCUCUCUGCUGCCGCCUCUCCAGCUCUUUCUGUGAAAUCGAGUCGAUUCCUGCGAUGUUCUUCAUCUGUCUGAGCGACACACUGCUCUGGAUGUUUCCUCUGUGUCUCACUGAACUCGUGGGUUGAACCGGCGGAGCUGAAAUUGAUCGAUUCUGCUCCGUCGGUUUGGCUUCUCCCUCAUGAUUUUGGUAAAUUCGUCCAUCGGAUGUGUGAUUAACUCUGCUGAAGUUUCUGUGCUGGCCUAUUUCUCUCAUGGCGAUGCCGACGGUCGCUUUUGGUUCGCAGAUUUUCACCAUCACCACUUUUCUCCUUUCAUUUAGCAGCGAGUCUCUUCUUUGUUGAAGCAUUCUGCAGGUGUAUCUGUGCUGUUUGUCCAACAUGCUCAGUCUAAACUGCAGAUCUCUGUCCUCCUUUUGGUUCAACACUCUCAGCUCCCUCUGCAGCACCGAUCUUCUAUAGAUUAGAUCCAUUAUAUGCACCUUCUAAAGGAAGAUAAACAUUUGUUGUCACUAUUUCUCUGUAAAUUAAAGCCAAAAAUGUUCUUUUCUUACCUGAUUAGUGUUCAGUCAUACAGGUGUAUUUGCUGCCAUGGCGUGUGUAGUGUGUGUAAUGUAAUAGCCCAUUGUAAUGUGUGUUAAGUGGAUGCAUUGUUGUUCAGUUACUGUGCAUUGACACAUUCCUUUAAGAUUGAAUUACAGCAGUCACGGGGCUUCUUUUGCACAUUACACAACCAGUAAAGUAAUGACUGGUUGUCAUGCUGCUGCUGCAUCACAUGAUCCUUCAAUUUAGGUUGUGAAAAUGGGGCUGGAAUUUUUUAAUCAUAUUGUAACUAAUAACAAAAUGUAAUAAAAAAAGGUUCCCUGUA